UCUAGCUGCCACAGAGCCCCGAGAACUUUGUGAAGGAGGAACGCCCGCACACCCGCCUCCGGCAGCACACAGCCAACCACAGCUGAGCGACAGCCAACAAGAGCCAAUCACAAGGCCCCUUUGAAAGCUCCAGGAUGCAGAUGUCUUCAGCCUUCACUUGCCUCGCCCUGGGCCUGGUUCUCGUCUUUGGGAAAGGGUUCGCUUUACCCCUCCGAGAGUCCCACACAGCCCAUCAGGCCACUGACUUUGGAGUCAAAGUGUUUCAGCACGUGGUCCAAGCUUCCAAAGACCAGAAUGUGGUCUUCUCUCCCUAUGGCGUGACCUCGGUGCUGGCUAUGCUGCAGCUGACCGCAGCAGGGAAAACCCGACAGCAGAUCCAAGAUGCUAUGGGAUUCAAAAUCCAUGAGAAGGGCACAGCUCAUGCCCUCCGCCAGCUCUCCAAGGCGCUCAUGGGGCCAUGGAACAAGAAUGAGAUCACUACUGCGGACGCCAUCUUUGUCCAGCGGGACCUGGAACUGGUCCAGGGCUUCAUGCCCCACUUCUUCAAGCUCUUCCAGACUACGGUGAAGCAGGUGAACUUCUCAGAGGCAGAGAGAGCCAGAGUCAUCAUCAAUGACUGGGUGGAGCAGCACACCAAAGGCAUGAUCACUGACUUACUGGCCGAGGGGGCUGUAGAUGAGCUGACACGCCUGGUGCUGGUGAAUGCCCUCUACUUCAACGGCCAAUGGAAGACCCCCUUCCUAGAGGCCAGCACCCACCAGCGCCUCUUCCACAAGUCUGACGGCAGCACUGUCUCUGUGCCCAUGAUGGCUCAGAACAACAAGUUCAACUACACUGAGUUCACCACCCCGGAUGGGCAUGAAUAUGACGUCCUGGAACUGCCCUACCAUGGCGAAACCCUCAGCAUGUUCAUCGCUGCACCCUUUAAGAAAGAUGUGCCCCUCUCUGCCCUCACCAACAUCUUGGAUGCUGAGCUCAUCAGACAAUGGAAGAGCAAGAUGACCAGGCUGCCACGCCUCCUCAUCCUGCCUAAGUUCUCUAUGGAGACGGAAGUGGACCUCAGAGGGCCCCUGGAGAAGUUGGGCAUGACUGAUAUGUUCAGCUCAACCCAGGCCGACUUCACAAGUCUUUCCGACCAAGAGCAGCUCUCUGUAGCACAAGCGCUACAAAAGGUCAGGAUCGAGGUGAACGAGAGCGGCACAGUGGCGUCUUCUUCCACAGCGGUUGUAGUCUCAGCUCGCAUGGUCCCCAUGGAGAUGGUUUUAGACAGAUCCUUUCUCUUUGUGGUUCGGCACAAUCCCACAGGGACAAUCCUCUUCAUGGGCCAGUUGAUGGAGCCUUGACCCUGGGAAGAGAAGCCUUCGUUUGGGACUUAUAACAUUUGGAGAUGUUAUAAGCAGGAAAUCUGAAGAAAAGAAUUAUUCUAAGGACUCUGGGGAGAAAGAGAAGGCAUGUCUUUCUUGCCCCCACACUGGUAAAUUUUUCCAACCAGACCUCAGACUCUCGAAGGGGAAAGCGAAUAACUCUCUCCUCACUAGGGAUUCCUACCCCACAAAGGUCUCAUCCGACCAUAGAACUCACAGAACCUGGAUCUGCCCAUUGUUCUGCCUUUGGACCUGGUUCCUACCAAGGCCCCAGCAGGGCAGGGCCACAACCAUUUCUCUCAGCAAAAUCUGAGUUCCAGUCACACUGUGGGCACUUCUUGCAUCGCCUGCCAUUGCUACGGAGGGUGGCCACAGGCCAAAGGGAAAUGCACUGUCCUAUCUCAAGGUCACUGCGGAAAUGACCACCUUGCCCACCAAGGGGCAACAGAGAGAUCAAAUGACCGCUCAAUACUGAGCCUUCUCCCUGCUCCCUCCCUGACACAACUGGCUUAUGUUAUUUCAGAGUGUAGGUGACUUGUUUACACAGCUUUUUUCGACCCGCAAACUUUUUUCAUUUGGGAAGAGUGAAAGAAAGCGCAGACGUGUGUGUGCCUGGCUCUUCAUCCCCAGUCUCCCAGUUGGGGGUCCUGGGGAGAUCCCAGGGGUAUAGUUGAAUAUUUAUCUCAUUCUUGCUCUUGUAUGUUUGUUGGAGAGAAGAAACACUAUUAAGGUAAAUGCAUUUUAUUUAAACCGUGGCAUAUAAUGUCCCAAUUGGGGUUUAUAUCUCUGAAUGUCAGGGGUGCAUCACUCGACAAACGUGCCCCUCCGGGAGGCUUCGUGAUGGGGCUCACACUGCCCCCUAGUGGCAGCCGAGCACACCCUUACCCCCAUCCCUCCCCCAGCAUCCUCCCCUGUGGCUCUUUUCCUUAGGGACCUUGCCAAGGUGAUGCUUGGCAGCCCACGUUAAAGGAAGGGGGAAAAAAGAUUAGGUGGAAGAGAGAGAGAGUUGAGAGAGGGCAAAGUGGUUUCAAAUUUUUCCAAUACACUCAGAAGCAGAAUGGGAAAAGGGGCUGUGUGACCUAACAGGACAGAACUUUCUCCAAUUACUGGGUGACUCAGAGCUGCACUGGUGACUCACUUCAAUGUGUCAUUUCCGGCUGCUGUAUGUGAGCAGUGGGCACGUGGGGGGGGGGGGAUGAAAGAGACAGCCAGCUCCUGGUCAACCACCUUAGUUAGAUAAUCUUUUUUGAAAGCUUCCUAGCUGGGGGUAUGAUCAGAAAACCAAUUUACUGAAAAACUGCACAAGAAGGUACUGUGAAUGUAAUUUCCUAACUGGCCACUCUGCAUCCGUUAUGGCUCCACCGGAAAAAAAUAAUCAUUUUGGUGUUUUUGCUUUUCUCUCUCUCCCUCUUUCUCUCCCUGUUUUUUUUUUCUCUUUUCAUUAUGCACUGGACAGCCACACACCCGUGUACCCACAGGGGCCCCAAAUGUGGGGUCACAUGGUCUUGAAUUUUGUUGGUUAUAUAUGCCUUUUUUGUUGUUUGUUUUCACUUUUGAUAUAUAAACAGGUAAAUAUGUUUUUUAAAAAUAAUAAAAAUAGAGAAUA